GAAGUUUCUAGAGCUGUAAAUUCAGAGCUCAGUGAGAGCACUUGAACGCACCAAAAGUUAGUCUGUUGAUUUCUGCAGUCAUGGAGGAAAAACUAGACAACACGGACUCGGAUUUCUUACCAGAUCCUGGGGGGCCACAACAAGAUGCUCCAAAGGAGAAGAUCAUCAGCAGACAGCUGCCUGAAGCCAGUCGAUUUGCUUUUGCUGCGCUGUGCGGCGUCUCCUUAGGACAGCUGUUUGCUGGAUGUGAGAACAGAUCUUUCAGGGAGCUGUUCCUGAAGGACUUGGUGAGCUGGCUGGACCUGGACGAGUCGGUGAUGCCCGUCAUGGGGGCUUUCUUGUCAGGUUUGGGCGUGGAGGGUUCUGACACCUUUCUGUCCAUCCUACAAGCCGACCCACUUCUGGCUGCAGGAGCCACCCCCAUCAUACAGGAUCUGGUGUCCUUCUCCAUCAAAGACGGCCAGUACGAUGCCAGAGCCAGGGUUCUGAUCCGCCACGUCGGCUGUCUGCUGCGCACGUCGCCGCGGCGGCUGGAGGAGUUUGAGGAGACUCUGGGGGAGAGUUUGAGGGAGGCGGUAGAGGAGAGCGAGGAGGAGUCCACGAGGCGGCUGAGACGAGAAAGAGGGCGGAAGCUGAGGCGCUACCUCCUCAUCGGCCUGGCCACAGUGGGUGGGGGGACCGUGAUCGGCGUGACCGGAGGACUGGCAGCACCUUUUGUGGCGGCAGGUGCCGGCGCCGUGCUGGGGGCGGGAGGUGCUGCUGCUCUGGGCUCAGCCGCUGGGAUCGCAAUAAUGGCAUCUUUGUUUGGGGCGGCGGGGGCCGGGCUGACGGGAUAUAAAAUGAAGAGGUGUGUUGGCGCCAUCGAGGAGUUUGAGUUCCUGCCGAUGAGCUCCGGGAAGCAUCUCCACGUGAGCAUCGCGGUGACAGGCUGGCUCUGCAGCGGGAAGUACAGCUCGUUCCAGGCCCCGUGGAGCAGCCUGGGGGAGUGUGGGGAGCAGUACUGCCUGGUGUGGGAGUCCCGCUUCCUCAGGGAUCUGGGUUCGGCCAUGACCUCUUUGCUGGACGGGCUGGUCAGCAUGGUGGCUCAGGAAGCCCUGAAGUACACGGUGCUCUCAGGCAUUGUGACCGCCCUGACUUGGCCCGCGUCCCUGCUGGCCGCCGCCAGCGUCAUCGACAACCCCUGGUGCGUCUGUCUGAACCGCUCGGCGGAGGUGGGGAAACACCUGGCGCAGGUUCUGAGAAGCAGGCAGCAGGGGAGGCGGCCCGUCAGCCUCAUCGGCUUCAGUCUGGGAGCUCGAGUCAUCUACUACUGUCUGCAGGAGCUCGCCAGAGAUCAAGGCAGUGAGGGGGUGGUGGAAGACGUGGUUCUGCUGGGGGCUCCGGUGGACGGCUCAGAGAAGGCCUGGGAGAGGAUGACCCGGGUGGUGGCCGGGAAAAUCGUCAACGGAUACUGCAGGGGGGACUGGCUGCUGGGCUUCCUGUACCGCGGCUCCGCCGCACAGCUGUCCGUCGCUGGACUGCAGCCGGUCGGCGUCCAGGACCGGCGCAUCAUCAACGUGGAUCUGUCCUCCGUGGUGAAAGGUCACCUGGACUACAUGCGGCAGAUGGACACCAUCCUGGUGGCAGUCGGCGUUCCCACCAAAGAGGUCCCAGGAGCCGCCAUUGCUCUGCCUUACUCCGUGACAGGCCGGGACGUCGCUGACCAAAAAGGGGACGCGGCGUUGAAUCCUGCGGAGGAGGCGGAGCCUCGUGCUCAGGGAGGAGGAGCAGGGGUGGAGGAAGGCGGAACCGGAUGGGACAUCCCCGACAUUUCUGAUCUGCUAGACUCCGCUGAUGAGACGGAACAGGAGGACCGAACCUCCACCCAGAUCAGUUCCACGCUAGAGGGCGGUGUCACGGAUGCUCGGCGGGGCAGAGCGGAGGGGGCGGAGCUGGAGGAGGAGCAGCUUUCGUGGAGCUGGAAGGACGCGGACUGGACCACAGUGAACCCACACGAGUGAAGCUGCCAGGAUCCUGAAAGCUUCCAAACUGACAUUUUCUCCAGGCUGUUUGAGCCACUCUGCCCCCCCAAUAAGUCCUGCAUUUUCCCCUGAAGUUUCCAUGACAACAGCCGUGUUUUAGCCGUGCUGUGAAUCCAUGCAUGAUUGUGAAUUUACAGACUAACUGUACCUGCUGUAAUUUAUUUUUAUAAAUGAGCGUUGUGCGCGUGGUUUGGCGCUUUAACUGG